CCGUGGGCCGGUUUGUAUGUUUUGCGGAUGUGGGAGUGGUGUUAGGAGAGUGUGUGUGUGUGUCUGUUUGUGCGUGUGCGUGCAUGCGCAUGUGUGUGUGUGUGUGUGUGUGUGAGAGUGUGUGUGUGUGUGUGUGUGUGUGUGAGUGGUGGAGGGCUGCUGCUGCUGUUGAUGUGCAAAUGUGCAUCAUAUUGAAGGCUGGUGAAUAGGGAGGGUGUGACGUGGACGGCGGAGUGGAGCGCAGGUGCUUAUCGCCGGGCUGUCACACACACACACACACACACACACUCUCUCACACACACUCUCACACACUGUCAUAUUCCUGGGGACUUUACCUUUCAAAAAGCUCCAGCCUCCGCAGGCAGAGCAGCAGCAGCAGCGUCCUCCCGCCGGCCAGCGGAGCUCCAGCCCUCCUCAACUUCUCCAUCAGCAGCAGCAGCAGCAGCAGCAGCAGGUGUGUGUGUGUGUUCCUCUCUCUGCUCAUAUUCUCACCUUAUACACACACACACCCCGUCACACACACCGCACCGGCGUCCGAGCGCGCUGGGACAUCAGCGGGACAUCAGCGGGACAUCAGCGGGACAUCAGCGGGACAUCAGCGGGACCGCACUGAUUCUGGACUGAGUGAAAGUGAGGAUGCUUUUCUCACUGAAACCCUGAGAAACUCUGAGAAAAGAGCGAGCAGAGAGCAGCCGUCCAUCCCACAGUCUUCACCCCCCCGCCAAAAAACAAAGAUGGACUCUGAAGUUGAGGAGAAUCGUGUGGAUCAGAGUAACGGCGCUGCCAUUACGGUCGACUGCGUUGGAGAUGUUCCUCACAGUCUGCAGGGUUUUGCUGGGAGGAAGAGGAGUGCGGGUGAGGGAGUUGGUGGGGCGCCAGUUAAUAAGAGGAAAUCUCUGCUGAUGAAGCCGCGGCACUACAGCCCCAGCGAGGAGGAGCGGGAGGAGGACCUGGCAACCGCUCAGGACAAAGACGCGCCCAGGAACAUUGACACUCCAGCAGAUGAAGAUCUGGACUGCAGUGAUGUUCUCCUGAAGUCUCACAGUUCCUUGUCGUGGUCCGAGCGCACCAGCGAGGGGUCGCCCGAGCCGCCCAAUCAGCUGUCGGAGCCGCAGAGCGAGUACGAGGAGAAGCAGCCGGACCACGACUUCCCCCAGAGAAGCCCAGGAGACGCGUCCGUCUCUCGGGGAGCAUCUCCAGAGAAAGGUCCGGACGCGGAUCUGGAGGAGGAUGGUGGGUGGAGCAGCUCGACGCCGCUGUCGCUGCUGAACGGGAUCCGCUACAGCUCCAGUCCUGUAGACGACGUCCUGUCCAGCAGAGCUCGAGUGGGACACCAGGCCCUGUCCCUGUACCUAAACCGCGGCUCCGCCCCGGCGCUGGAGGACGUCCCGUACAGCGGAGACCUGAGCGAUGGGGAGGAUGAGCCGCCGGCGCACAGGCUGGACGAGAGGCUGGUGGGCUGGGGGCUGGGCCUGAUCCCCCGGCCGCUGGAGCUGGACCGCGCCCGGAUCAACCUCAGCCUCCUGGAGCAGGCCAUGGUCCUGCAGUCCGAGCACAGGCAGGUCCUGCACAGCUACCGGGACAUGGACCGCUUCCUCCUGGAGCAGGUCGGACACGAGCGCAGGCAGCACAGGCUGAUUGAGAUGGAUGCUCGCGUCGCCUUCCACAGCAGCAAAGCAGAUUCUCCACGAACCGACAAGAAGGACAUUAAGUGUCCCACGCCGGGGUGUGACGGGACAGGUCACGUGACCGGACUCUACCCACACCACAGGAGUUUAUCCGGAUGCCCCCAUAAAGUCCGAGUGCCUCCUGAAAUUCUAGCCAUGCAUGAGAACGUGUUGAAGUGUCCGACUCCAGGCUGCACAGGAAGAGGACACGUCAACAGCAACCGCAGCACACACCGCAGCCUAUCAGGUUGUCCGAUUGCAGCAGCAGAAAAAGUCUCAAAGCCACAGGAUGAUCUGACCAAAUGCAGACAGACCCCAGACAGAAUGACACGGCCGCUGGUUCAGAUGAAGAAGUUUGAUUUCAGUCAGCUGGCCUAUCGGUUCGCUCACCCGGUGGCGGCGCUUCAGGCGGGCGUGGCUAAAGAGAUGGACAAGUUCACUAAAGGUCAUUUCGACUACGCCAGUUUUGAUGCUCAGGUGUUCGGUAAACAGGCCCAGAUGGCAUCGGAUCAGAACCAGGAGCCGCCACACCUCCCCGACUCCUCUCCUCAGUUCUCCUGUUAUCUGGGUGGGCGGGUGUCGAUGGGGGGCGGUGCCCUCCAGUCCGGCUCGCCCGCCGCUGCCGCCAUCCUCAACCUCUCUACCCGUUACCGGGACAACGGCGAGGCCCCGCCCACCGGCCGGCCCCUGGCACCGUCCACAAAGGACUCUGUGAUCGAGGUGGACGAGAACGGGACUCUGGAUCUCAGUAUGAAGAAGAGGAAGGAGAAAAGUUCAGACUCUUUAUCUGAGGGAGUUUUCUCUCCUCCUGAAGCUCCUCUGAUUAAAGCCGGAGCUCUGCACGUCUCGCCAUCCUUCUACAGGACCGUCUACGAGCAGGACGGCUGGGACACGCCCCUCAACUUCAGCAAGGGACCCCUCCCGCAGGACAAAGACAUGGAGCAGCAGGACAGGAUGUCCCUCGAGGAUAAACUCUUCUCUCUGGACGCGAGCAUGAGCAGCGCUAAGAACAAAGCUCUGAUACGAGACAGCAAGAAGGAGCUGAUGAGUUGUCCGACUCCAGGGUGUGAUGGGAGCGGUCAUGUGACGGGAAAUUAUGCAUCACAUAGAAGUGUAUCCGGAUGCCCUUUAGCUGAUAAAACCCUGAAAUCACUGAUGGCAGCGAACGCACAGGAACUGAAAUGUCCUACUCCUGGGUGUGACGGCUCGGGACACGUGACGGGAAACUACGCUUCUCACCGCAGUCUCUCCGGAUGCCCUCGCGCCCGAAAGAGCAGCCUGAAGCUCACGCCCAGCAAAGAGGAGAAAGAGGAGCCCGAUAUAAAGUGUCCUGUGAUGGGUUGUGAUGGUCAGGGUCAUGUCUCGGGGAAGUAUACGUCUCACCGGAGUGCAGGAAGUUGUCCUGUAGCAGCGAAGCGUCAGAAGGACGGCGCUCUGAACGGCAUGAGCUUCUCCUGGAAGACCUGCAAACAGGAGCUGCCCCACUGCCCCCUGCCCGGCUGCAACGGCCUCGGACACGCCAACAACGUCUUCGCCACGCACAGGAGUUUGUCAGGAUGUCCACUAAACGCUCAGAGCAUUAAGAGGAAGCUCUCAGGAGACGAGAUGACCGUCAAACUCAAAACCAGCAACGGUAUUGAGAACAGUGAGGACAUGCAGCAUUUAGAUCAUGAAAUAAAGGAGCUGAACGAGUCCAACCUGAAAAUAGAAGCCGACAUGAUGCAACUCCAGACACAGAUCUCCUCUAUGGAGUGUAAUCUGAAGAGCAUCGAGGAGGAGAACAAGAUGAUCGAGCAGCACAACGACAGCCUGCUGAAGGAGCUCGCCCGCCUCAGCCACGCCCUCAUCAACAGCCUUACUGACAUCCAGCUGCCCCAGAUGGGGCCGAUAAACGAGCAGAAUUUCGAGGCGUAUGUGAAAACUCUGACGGAUCUGUAUAACAGCUCAGAGCAGGAGUAUUCUCCCGAGUGUAAAACCUUACUGGACAACAUCCGACAGGCCAUUAAAAACCUCAGCGUGGAGACCAUCUACUCCCCCUGAGACCAGCAAUAUCUCCAAUAUAUCUCCAAUAUAUCUCCAAUAUAUCUCCACACCGCCUCCUCACUCUCUACUGCUUCUCCUCUCCUUACUUUAGAUCAGUUUAUUUAUUUAGUUAGAUUUGUUUUUGUUUGUUUAAUUUAAUUUUUGUUUGUUAAGUUUGUUUUUUGUUUGUUUGGGUAAAUCUGGCUUCAAAACCAUGUGCAAAAUAAAGAGCUUAUUAUAAAUAAAAUAUUAAAUUAUAUUCAUUCCAUGGAUUGCACUGAUAAAAACCAGCCAGAGUUUUUUAUUUAUCACUGAUUUUUUUGUUUGUUUUUUUAAUGUUUACGACGUUGUUGAGAUUUUUAUCCCUCUUUGCACUUAUUUACUUAUUUAUUUAUUUAUUAUUUAUUUCCUUUGAUUUGCUUGAUUUAACUCUGUAUUUGUUCUUUUUUUGUGUGUAUUAUUAUUAUUAUUAUUAUUAUUAUUAUUAUUAUUAUUAUUAUUAUUAUUAUUAUUAUUAUGCUAUUAUUGCUAUUUAUUGUCUUUAUUCACUCAGAAUGAUUUAUGGAACAGUAAUAUAUUUUAUUUAUUUUGUAUUUAUCAUCAAUGUUUGCUGUCGGUAUCUUUUUUUCAGGCACUUCGGCUCUUCUUACUGCAGAUUUUAAAACUGGAGCUCGUUCUCCUGCUUUUCUCCUCUUUUAUUUGGUCGUUUUUUUUUUUGUUAAAAUGUUAAAUGAAAGGAGGAAGAAGAAGAAAAAAAAACUAAAGAAAAACAGAAACUCUUUAGCUUUUUGUUUGUGAUCCUCUAUAAUAUAAACGACUGAUGUCGGGUGUAAUAUUAGUCCUGUUGCGCCCCCUUGUGGCUGCGAGCUUUUUCAGACUUCAGUUUUUUAAUGGUCUUUUAUUGAAUGUAUUGUGUUUUACAAAUAAAUUCCCCAAAAUAGCACUGAAUCAUAACUCACAUCAGCUAUGAAUCAUAUUUAAACACUCUGAGUAUUAAAUAUAAUACUCUGUUUUAAUAUCAGAGCAUCAAAUUAAGGGGAAAACAGCGUAAAAACAUAAAAAAAAUAAUAAAUCACACAAAAGAACUGAUUUGCGUUUCUAUCGAUAUGAACUGCCUUUGGUGUGCACACGUCUGCGUGUGCAUUUAUGUGCCUAUAUGUAAAUUAUUACAUGGAAUAUUCUAUGUUUUUGUGGUAGAACAGUAUUACGUGAAUGGUGAUUCCUUUUAUUAUACAGUAUAUUUAUUUUCAGAAAAAAAGCCUCUAACUGUUUAGCUACUGUUUAUAUGCCAUUUUAAGUGAGUAUGGGACGAUAUUGUUGUAAUAUGAGGAUCAAGUGUUUCAUCAUUUAUUUAUUUAUUUAUUUAUUUAUUUAUCACGUUAACAUCAGUACUUUCUCUCUCUGCCAAGUUAAAAAACACACGGCAUUGGAUCAGUUUUAAAAUAUACAUAUAAAAAAAAACAUUUUAAACAAAAAAAAACACAUACGACUCCGUUCACACUAAGACCUGUUAAACUAAACGGCCUGUUUUACAUUUAUUUCCUUUAAUAUUAAAGAUUAUUAGUAUUUUUUUACUGAACCCGACUGUGGUUCAGAAAAAUCAGAUCUGAUAUUAAAAAGUCGGAUCUCUGAAAACUAAAUAUUUGCUAUUUUUGACCAAAUUUCUCCACUGAAUCAAACUUUAAUCCCUUAAUCAACAGAAUUAAAAGUGUAAUUUAUUCUGUUAAAACUCCUAAUAUCUGAUUUAUAAACCACACAUUGUUUGCUCAGGAACUUUUGUGAGGACUAUUUAUUUAUUUUUGGCGUUUGUAUUUGAUGUUUUGUAAGGUGAAAUGAUUUUUUGUGUAAUGAUAUUAGUAUGAAACACUGUACUGUAAAUUAUUUUGUUUCUUUUUGAUUAAAAAAUGAAAAUGCUUUUUUUCAGUUAAA